AUGGAUGGAAGCGUGUCGGAGCUCGACUUACCGGGAUUCCGUUUCCACCCAACGGAAGAGGAGCUCCUGGAUUUCUACUUACGACGAAUGGUUAACGGAACGAAGCUCAACUUUGAAAUCAUCGGCACGCUCAAUAUCUACCGUUAUGACCCUUGGGAUUUACCCGGAUUAGCGAAGGUUGGGGAAAGAGAAUGGUACUUCUUUGUGCCAAGGGAUCAGAAACAGGCGAAGGGGAGGCCGAAUCGGAUGACGACGAGAGGGUUCUGGAAGGCGACCGGGUCGGAUAGGCCCAUUAGAAGUGGGUCCGACCCAAAAAGGCUCAUCGGUCUGAAGAAGACGUUGGUUUAUUAUCAAGGACGAGCUCCGUGUGGGAUUAAGACUGAAUGGGUUAUGAAUGAGUAUCGUCUGCCGGGUGAGGGCUCAUCUUCUUCAAUGGGCAACAUAGUGAUAUGCAAACUAUACCGAAAGGUGACGACUACGAUGAAGCUACAGCAGCGUGCAGCUGAACAACUUGCAAACACAAGAGCAUCAACGCACAUCACGUCCCCGGUAGGAAUCGUAUCCUUCGAUAACUUCCAAGACUUGGUUUCUGCUGUUGGUGGAGAUCCGGCCAAUCGUCUCACUGCAAAUACUGAAGAAGGCCUGAAACCAGAUGGAGAAUCAUCAUCACAUGUGUUUAAUGAAGAAAAUGAUACGGAAUGGUUGCAUGAUGCAUUAGUGAACCAGCUGAGUAGUCCUUGGGCCGAUCAGUCAUCUCCCUACGCCAGUCUGCUCGAUUUCUGA